AUGCUCGCGGAUGCCGAUGAUCAGUGUGGGCGUCGUGGGGGCGUCCCAUCUCCAGUCUCCUCAGGCUUCGUCCGAUUCCCCAUGGCCAGUUUCUUCAGCUGCAGCAUCCCCAAAGCUCUCUCAGCCUGUGGCAACUGCGGCAUCUCUGACGCAGCAAGCCUCCGAUGUGACAACUUGAAGCCCUGCGGUAUCGACUGCAGCAGUGUGGCGCACCAAGCAGCCUCGUGCUAUCGCAAUCAGACCAAAGCCCCGGAGAGCCGGGAUUGUGAGCGCUUCAUCGACUGGCAUGAGGUGUCAACACAUCUGUCCCUGAACACCCGGGAGCUGACGAGUGAGACACAUGAGAGAGAACUCACCUGGGUGCAUUUCCUACGUUCAGUUUGCACUCCGUGUGUCUGUGUGUCUGUGUUUGUGUUGGCAGCGCGGCAGAAGCAGGUCAUCGAAAGCGCUGUCAAUACCUGGUGCAGCUUCCUCGUGCAAGGUGGGGCUCCAAUGAACACACCAAUGUCUCCUCUCCUUGCCUUGUCCGUCUGUCUGUGUCUGUCUGCCUGUGUGGCGCAUGGGGGGAGACCCCAGGAUCUCCCUUAUUAUGCACUCUCACUUACUCUGCUAUUCAGGCGCCUCCCUCUGCUUUCGCCUGCCUUGGUCGCGGCAAGAGACUCUGCUGCUGGAUGUGCGCCAGAUGAAGCUGUCCCUGCGUUCCUACACCAUGCCGCUGAUUUCGCUGGCACGAAUGGACAUGGAGACAUCCAUGGUGGGUGUCCGGGAGAGACGCUGCACAAUACCAACGCAUCCACAUCCCUUUCAAUGACCUCCCAUCGAUGUCUCCUUUCUCCCUCGAUUGUUCCUUGUUUGGCAGCCUGGCGAGUAUGAUCUGAAGCUGGAGUUCGACGAGGUGCUGACACCGUCGACCGUCCUCGCUCCCCCCUUGCCAUUCAUAGUCUGCCUGUCGUUCGCCGAGGAGAAACAGCGACUCUCUUUUGCACUCACCAUGAAGGCAAUGAGAGCCGCUGACACACACACACACACACAACCAGAGAGAGAGAGAGAGAGACAAGACCAUUGAUGCACGCCUUGCUAUGUACGCUCACCCAGGUGCUUCGUUCGAGUGCGACCAAUCCGACGCCCAUCCACCGCCCCUUCCUGAGGCGAGACGAGUCAGCCAGUGGCACUCGCGGCGUUUUCGUCUCCCGUCUGCCAUCCGCCCUCCGGCAGACCCAGCAUCACAACCAACAGCUGCUGCAGGAGACAGGGACAGACAAAGGGGAGGGGCGGGCCGGCAAGGCUGCCGAGGAUGAGAAGAGCACCGGGGCUGUGCGUGGUGGGGCCGAGUGGCUGAAUGUCGAUAUCAAGUGUGAGGACGAGAUGGGCGAGGAGCGGACGAGGCUGCUGGGAGAGGACAUGAUGGUGUGAGAGGCUGCCGGUGGAUGGACUUAUGUAUGUGGCGUUGGGAGGGAUGGAGGCAUUAAUUAGUGUGACUAGUGGAAUGCCACUGAAUGGAUGGAUUGAUGGAUGGAUUGAUGGAUGGAUGAAUGGUCGAUGGCGUGUUGGAUGGUUGAAGGUGUAUCUGUGC